AUGGAAGCAGUGAGAGACAAUGUAAAGAUGCAACUCCGUUCACUGAUAGCAUUGAUAAAAAGCGGGAAGGGCGGGAAGAGGAAAAAGGAUGAAAGGAAAGGGAAAGAACAGGAAGAGAAGAGGAAGAAAAGAAUGCUUAACAAGACUAAGAAUGACAAUCAUGGUGAUGGAAAUUAUAUGAUAAUGACUGGUACAGCUGAUAUGAUUGAUUGCUUCUCUAUCAAUCUUUCAUUUGUACCAUUAAAAUUAUUUGAGCGAAGAUUAGUUUUAAAAGCGAAAAAACAUAAAAUGGAAAAUGUUUGCCACAAAAGUUGUACUAUAAUUCAAUUUGUUGGUCGCAGAUGGAAUGCCAUUGGAAUGAUGAGAGUAUGGAUCACUGAUUGA